ACCCUUUAGAUCUUAAUGCCAUUUGCUCAAAACAAUUGUCAGAAGACAGAAACAAGGGUCACGCAGUUCAAAAAAUAUUCCUUGAAGAUGAUAGGUCAUGAGGGAGUGAGGGUAGGGGUGUUGGCAUUGCUUUGCUUUCAUGUCCUUGUGGGGAGUGUUGCUUUCGCUAGAAAUGUGAAAGAUUUUGAGGAUGAGAAGUUUUUUACCAUUGGUAAGGGAGGGGGAUUUGGAGGUGGUUUUGGCACUGGUGGAGGUUUUGGCGGUGGAGGCGGUUUUGGUGGUGGCGGUGGUGGCGGUUUUGGUGGUGGCGGUUUUGGUGGUGGCGGCGAUGAUAUAGGUGGCGGGUUUGGAAAGGGUGGUGGAAUAGGCGGUGGAAUUGGAGGCGGCGCAGGAGGAGGGGGGGGAAUAGGUGGUGGCAUUGGAGGAGGAGCUGGUGGUGGUACAGGAGGUGGGGGAGGAAUAGGUGGAGGCAUUGGUAAAGGUGGCGGCAUUGGUGGAGGAGCUGGUGGUGGUGCAGGAGGCGGCGGAGGAAUAGGUGGCGGCAUUGGUAAAGGUGGCGGCAUUGGUGGAGGAACUGGUGGUGGUGCAGGGGGAGGAAUAGGUGGAGGCAUCGGUAAAGGUGGCGGCAUUGGCGGAGGAGCUGGUGGCAGUGCAGGAGGCGGGGGAGGUAUCGGUAAAGGUGGCGGUAUUGGAGGAGGAGCUGGCGGCGGUGCAAAAGGCGGGGGUGGAAAAGGUGGAGGCAUUGGUGGUGGAGCUGGUGGUGGUGCAGGAGGAGGAUAUGGAAAAGGUGGUGGUGUUGGAGGAGGUAUAGGUAAAGGAGGAGGUAUUGGUGGAGGAGCUGGAGGUGGCGCAGGAGGAGGAAUUGGCAAAGGCGGUGGCAUUGGGGGUGGUAUUGGCAAAGGCGGUGGUAUUGGUGGAGGAGCUGGUGGUGGUAUAGGUGGAGGAGCCGGUGGUGGUGUUGGAGGUGGGAUUGGUAAAGGUGGUGGUAUUGGCAAAGGCGGCGGAAUUGGUGGAGGAGUUGGUGGUGGUGCUGGAGGUGGAAAGGGUGGUGGCAUUGGAGGUGGUAUUGGAAAAGGUAGCGGCGUAGGUGGAGGUGCCAGUGGUGGUGUGGGAGGAGGAAUUGGCAAGGGUGGCGGCAUUGGAGGUGGUAUUGGCAAAGGUGGCGGCGUUGGUGGAGGUGCCGGUGGUGGUGCUGGAGGUGGCAAGGGUGGCGGCAUUGGAGGUGGUAUUGGCAAAGGUGGCGGCGUUGGUGGAGGUGCCGGUGGUAGUGCUGGAGGUGGCAAGGGUGGCGGCAUUGGAGGUGGUAUUGGCAAAGGUGGCGGCGUUGGUGGAGGUGCCGGUGGUGGUGCUGGAGGUGGAAAGGGUGGCGGCAUUGGUGGAGGUGCCGGUGGUGGUGCUGGAGGUGGAAAGGGUGGCGGCAUUGGUGGAGGUGCCGGUGGUGGUGCUGGAGGUGGAAAGGGUGGCGGCAUUGGAGGUGGUAUUGGCAAAGGUGGUGGCGUAGGUGGAGGUGCCGGUGGUGGUGUUGGAGGAGGAAUUGGCAAGGGUGGCGGCAUUGGAGGUGGUAUUGGCAAAGGUGGUGGCGUAGGUGGAGGUACCGGUGGUGGUGUAGGAGGAGGAGCUGGUGGUGGCAUCGGAGGAGGUGUCGGUGGUGGUGCGGGAGGAGGAUUUGGCAAGGGUGGCGGCAUUGGUGGAGGAUUUGGUGGUGGUGGUGGAGGAGGAGGAGUUGGUGGUGGUAUUGGAGGAGGUGGUGGAGGUGGAUUUGGAGGCGGAUUUGGUGGAGGAGGUGGUGGAGGUGGUUUUGGUGGAGGCGGUGGUGGUGGAAUCGGAGGAUAUCACUAAACAUGCAUCCUCUAAUAGUAUUAACACAGAAUUAAUCUGGUUUAAUAUUGCUAUUAUGAUUAUAUUUUCGAAAUUGUAAUUCAUGAAUAUUAUGUGAAAUGAAAUCAAAUUCCUACUUGUGUUCAUCAAUA